AUUUUUUUUUUAAAUAAACGGCACACCACUGCCUUUUCCACUCCCAACAGUUCUCAAGUUCUUCCAACUACUCCGGUGGAACUCGCAAUUCACUAGGAGAGAGAGAGAGAGAGAGAAAAUGGAGAAAAGCCCCCUUCUCCGGCCAUCCUCCAUCAUGGUAGGAGUAGUAGACUACCGCGGUCAACCCAUCUCCCGAUCAUCCUCUGGUGGCUGGACCUCCGCGUUCUUUAUCAUAGGGUUUGAAAUCGCUGAGGGAAUGGCGUAUUACGGCAUCUCGUUCAACCUCGUAUCGUACCUCACCGGCCCCCUCAACUUCUCUACGGCCGCCGCCGCCGCCUCUGUUAAUAACUGGUCCGGCGUCUCUCUGCUUCUUCCCUUCCUCGGCGCUUUUGUUGCCGAUUCGUUGCUCGGCCGCUACAGAACCAUCGUCCUCGCCUCUCUUCUCUACGUCCUGGGUCUAGGGUUUCUCACUCUCACUGCCGUGCUUUCAAUCCCCUGCUCAGGGGACCAAACGCUUACCGUGAAAUCCACUUCCUGUUCUCCAGCAGUUCUCCAAGUU